AUGAGCGAUACGAAGUGGGGCUUCGACACGAACUAUGGUCAUCGGACGCUGCCCUUCAAGUGGCAAUCCUCAAACGGCUUUCACUUCUAUGAGGACAGUCCUCUCACCAAGAAGAACUUCCGCCCGUCGCACUUGCCAGCGUUGAGAGCUGACCACCUUCCCAUGACCACUCACUACGGUGAGAGAACACAGACCUCUCGUUGGGCAAUGUCGAGUUAUGGAUGUCACAGGAAUCUUGUUUGGGAUGCAUCCCUGCGCAUGCCUCGCAACCCGUUCCCGGGGAGGGCUUCCAGAGAGAUGUCGUACAUCAAAGAGGCCUGCCCCGAAGGCCUUCAUACAAUGCCUCGCCGUUUGGCGCAAUGGGACAUGCAGCGCUUGGCACGGGGAUCUGGCACGCCUUUGAAGAAGCCGAUGACGCCUUUACUUCCAGGCUUGCCGGACGUGGUGAAACAGCAUGCCCAGGCCUUGGAGCCCGAGCAAGAGCUGUCCGCUGCCCUUGACAAACUCGAGGAGGAUGUCAAGGAGGACGUCUUGGUGCCUGCGCCUGCGCCGAAGCGGGUAUUGCCGACCGAAGAUUCUGGCCAUGCCAAAGACAUGGAUGUGGACAAACCAGAAACGAAGGUUGACUCGCAAUUCCACGGAAUCUUGACCGUUUUCCAGCGGACUGCCACUUGCGGCGGCCAACGUCCUCCGGUGGCCGGCUGGCAGGUAUUUGCAGAACGAGACUUAUGGGAAACGACCUUAGCUGUUGGCAUCUGCGACAUCACAACAGGUCAAGAGGCCCAGGCCAUGUCAGGAUUAGUGGUCUUCUGCUCCGAAAGGUUUGGAUACGACCAGUCCUGGUCUACAGGCGGCCGGGUACUGGCCGGCCGUGUGGAUGCGCCGGAAAUCCCGUCACUCAGGAAUGCAUGGGUGGAGCCAGUUUCCAGGGUGCCGGGGCAGGCUACUGUUGUCACCUUCCAGGUAGAAACCACAACUCCUCUACCUCCAGGCGGCGCACUCAUCGUCCGAAGCCCUGCCGGCGUCGGCCUCUCAACGCCCUGCAAGUUGAACGCGGUUCCUGACCUGGACUUGCUACCCGCGAGAGCGCUUCUUCCGCGGCAUCUGCCCAACAAUGUGUCUUGCAUCACAAGGCCAUUUCCAGCUGCAGCGGCUGGAUUUCAGGUCAACCACCAGCAGAUCGACUUGCUGGUUCUCGCUGGGGCAGCUGGUAUCCCUGCCGGACUCUACCGUUUUGAGGUGGCUGGCCGGAAUGCAGUAGCCAGAGCAUCGGAAGGAAGAGAAGACAAUUGCUCAAGCAGCCAUCAUUGCUGGACAUUCCUCAGUGUGGCCAAUGCAAAUACAGAGCCUCAGAUCGAGCUGGACUGGCGGAGCAUCUCGCCUGGAUACCACAAGGAUGCCAUGCCAGAGGCCAGGCUGCUGCCAACCAUGGGCCGUAACGACAGGCCACUGGAAAGCAACAGCCUCGCCUUCGUCUUCCGCCUGUCACGAGAUGUGAAUAGCACAGGUGCCCGAAACGACAGGGCGAUUUCCCUCCGUGGACCCGCUGGCUUCGUUCUGAAGCAGGACUGUUUCGUGGAAACUCUGGACAUCGCUGCAGCCACGGCCGUUCGCGCACCUGUGCAGAGCUGCGAGGCAGAGCUCAGUACUGCGAGGCUUACAGCGAUCUCCCUGAGUUUGAAGGCCGGAAUUCUGUAUGCCUUUGGCGUGAAGGUGUUGGCCAAUCCGCCUCGCACACCGAGCCGAAACUUAUGGUCUUUGGAGGUGGAGGGGGAAGUGUCAUCUCCAUUUCCGGGCUUCUCCGUGCAGACCUUCCGACUGCUCGAAGUGGAGCCUCUCACCUGUGCCACGGGCUUUGUUUGGCCGAACAAGCAAGCGAAUGUGGCCAACUUGACAUUCCAGCCAGAGACCAGCCAAUACCUUGAAGGGCACGCGUCCGCACUUCUUGUCCAUGCUCCUCCGGGCUUCACUUUUGUCAACGGCAGCGAAAGCUGCGGAGUGCUCUCUCACUUCGAAGUUGAGGUUGACGAGGGCAGAAUGGAAGUGUGCUCACAGCCUUCGAGCGAAGAGUGCGAUUGCGAGCUGCAGGCCGCAAGCGUGCUCGUGAUCAAGCUCCGGGAAGUCUCCACCAAGCUCGUCGGAGGUCAGAUGUACCACUUGGGGCUGCGCUUCGUCGCUUUGGCGUCGGAUCGAUUUGAGGCUUCCUGGAAGCUUGAAUCCUUCGACGACAUCGUUUCUGGGGUGAAGCUGGAUGUUGGCCAGGUUACGAGCUUCCGGCUGUGCGAACCGCUUGCGCACCUGGCGAUUGGAAGGUACGAUUCCAGCAGUGCGGGUCCUCUCGUGAUGCCGAGUCAGGAUGCAGAAGCUUUUCUGCCAGACCUGCUGCUGUCCGUGGUGUUUGCCCACACUGUCUUGCCUGGCGAUACCCUGCGGAUCAAGCUGCCUUCUGGAUACAGGACAGAAUGCUCUGAGACUGGGUGGCUACAAGGACCUCUGGCAGGCUUGACACCGGACUGGACCAGUGCCAGGAUGCCCGCCCAUGUUGAAGUGAGCUGCACAGCUAGGGAGCCUGGCGAAGUGGUGGAGAUUCAGAUGCUUGGGGAGGUGCAGCUUCCGGCCGGAGAGAGACUAAUCUUGCGGCUGAUGACGGCAAACCCGCGAAGGAUCUUUGGGGAGCAGUACUGGCAGGUGGGGCAUCUGCGACGAGGAGAAGUGCUAGCAGGUGGAGCCUGGCGCACCUGGGAGGUGUUCCUCCAGUUGUCAGAGGCCGUCAUCACGCUGGCCUCGGCGGCGGUCGGCCAGCGCUCCAGUGUGGUCGACGUGCGAUUCAGAGCAGAGGAAGAUGCAGAUUUGCUACGACUUCAGCCGACUGGGCGCAUGCAAAUCGACUUCACCAAUGUGUCCAUCAGCCGUGGUCAGAUUCUCCGGUCAGAGACCAACUCGGUCUUGCUCGUGAGUUUGAACAUGAAGGAUGGUGAUCGUGUUGGUCUUCGAAUAUACAAUGCUCAUUUACCAAAUCAUGGUGGGCGUGUUAUCUUCGACUUGGAGAUUCGCAACAGCACGGGCGGCCGAAUCGCCAGAAAGCACAGCAUCGACAGUGGCAGCCAGAUUCCAGGCCACAUCGAGCUCCGAUCGCUGCAGCUCCGCAAUGAGUACGCGCCAAACCUCACGCAGUCACAGUGGCCGGCACAGCUGGGUGGUCGCACCGCACUGGAGAUUGAGGUGAGGUUUCUGGAAAACGUGAACCCAUUCGAGACGCUGCGCAUUUCGGGCAAGCCUUUCGUCAUGCUGCAGGGCAACUUCCGCUUGGUCGUUGUGGACACAGGCACGAGUGUUCCAAUGUCUUCCAGCAAGACAGAAGAUGGGGUUUCUUUCGAGACCCUGGCCGGGCAAGGUUUGCAGCGAGACAUCUGGUAUCGAGCAACUGCGACUGUCCUGGCUCCUGCUACCCUGCCACGGCGUGUGUUCUGGGGCUUCGAGGUCCUGGGAGCAGGUCUUCCUAGUAGUCUCGGCUCAGCAGAGGGAACGGUGCACCUUGUGCCGGCCUACGAAGUUGAAGUAACUGCCGUGAGGAGUCCGCCACUUGCUGUUGUCGCCAUCGAGUUGGCCGUGUCGUUGCAUGCAUCAUCGCCGACGCGGUUAACCAUAGUAGCACCGGCAGGCUUCCGCUUCACCGAAAACUGCCUGAGCGGACCCAGUGAUGUGGUGGCUCGCUGCUCGCCAACUCAGGUGAAUGAUCAGGACGCAGCGGAGCUGGUUCCAAUCAAGGCAUUCUUCACGGACUUGCAAGAGCUCAGCCUCCAGGUUCGUACACCUGCAGCAGCUUUACCUUCCUCUACAUGGCUCCUGGUUGGGUGGACCCAAGGCGAAGUGGUUGGCUGGGGCGAGGACAAGUUGGGCAUUGAUGUGGUGCAGAUGCGCAGUGUCGCUGUGAUCUACCCCGCUUCUCCUGACAGAAGAUCAGAGUUGGUGGUAAGGUUGCGGCUACGCGACGAGCUGCUACCGGGGGGGAUCCUGCAGUUACUGAAUCCACCGGAGUUGGUUCUCAACUGUUCAGGACCGCAGCUCCAAGAGAUUUCACUGCCUAUCGAAGGUUGUACAGCGGAGGCGGGAUCUCUGAUGUUGCGCUUAUCUUCUGGGCUGGUACCGGGCACGUACGCAUUCGGAGUUGGGGCGCAGGUGCCCCCUGCCGCUCCAAAGAAGAACAUGUUUUCGCUGCUGGUGUUUGGUCCUAGUGGCCUGGUGCAGGAUGCGACCACGGUGGUGAAGGGCCAGCAGUUACAAAGCGAGCUGCACGUGGGCCCUCGUCCCUUGAGGUGGACCGCGGCCGAAGCUGGGCAAGCGAGCAGUGUUGUCAUGGGCUUCGAGGUGCGGCAACAAGUGAAGCGCGGUUUGGUUGAGUCGGUUCUUCUUACACUCGCUGAAAAUUUCGAGCAUUCGUUAGAGACGCCACGCGGCAUCGAAAUACUGAACCCAAGUUUUCCACUGUCAAGCAGCCACGGCGCGACAUCUUGGGCAGACAUCAGAAAGGAAGACCGCAUACUCAUUCACAUAGACCUGGCGCGGCCUUUGCCUCCGGGUCAAUUUGAUUUCCGCAUUCCCAUCACCGUGCCAGAGGAGCUCUCAGCUUUCAACGUGUGGCAGGUGACGUUGUGCACGGAAGGCCGUGCAGCUGAGCCCUGCUCUGUGGAGUCACCGCGAGCUUUGGCCACGUUUCCGGCGGCUGGAUUUAGCCACGUGAGGUAUGCUUUUCAAGUGCUGCACGUGCCCAGCGGCUGCUCCUGGAAGGUGCAUCGCCGAUACCGUGAGAUUCUUGCCUUUCAUGAACAACUGGCCGCAGGCACACACGGCAGCCUGCCGGAGUUUCCGCCCAAAGCGCUGAAUGGCUUGAGCUGGAUUUGGGGCGAAGAUGUUCCGGUCCAGCGAGUGGCAGCCUUCCAGACGUACUUUUCCAGCCUCCUGGCACGUGAGGACCUGACUGGCAAUGCCACUCUUCAGGCCCUGCUGGGCGUCGAGCCGCCCGAUCCAGUAGGCUCGAUUGACGUGGCAAGGUGGAGAAUGGAAGAACCGGGUCCUGGCACGGUCGAUGUCGAGCUGGCCGUUAGCUGCGAUGCCUUCUCUCCAAGAGAGCCAGGGUCCAGCCCCUUCAGUGGCACGAUCGAAAACUUCAAACCCGUGGAAGACUUCGUGGUGCUCAUGCAGGGUGCAGCGACCAGCGAGCCGUUGGCUUUCGCACGGCCUGGUGAGCGACUUUGGGUGAAUGGACUACCAAGUGGAGAAGAGCUGAAGCUCGAGGUGCGGGCAAGGAACGGCAUGGGGAUUUCAGAGCCAGUUGCUCUAAAUCUCUCGUCACCCGGCGAGCGUGCUGUACAGCUCUUGCCGGGCAUGCGAGUGCGAGCGGUUUGGGCUGGUGAUGGGGCGACCUACGAUGCGGUCGUGAAGAGCAUUCCGCGCAACAACCCUGACUUCGUCUUGCUAGACUGGUUAAGACCAGCUCCUCUGAGCGGAGAGCAGCUUUCGUGCGUUUGUGAAGUGGGUGAUGACACGGCUCACAGAAUGGUCUCUCGUGGCCACAUCUUCCCAGUAUGCCUGGCCUCACGGAUGCCCGAGAGACCGCAGACCGGACAGGGCACGCGGCUUUCCAUCCACGCAUGUGGAUACUUCCUCUGCACCGCCACGUACAACAUCACCAUAACCGCUGCUGCUUUUGCCUCUCCUGAGCUCGCGGGGCAGGACUUGCAGGCAGGAGUGGCAUCUGCCAAGCUGCAGCAGCUCGUCGCUUUAGGCGCCGCAGCGGGCCUGCCGUCUGCUGCGGAGGUCAACAUUUCAGAGGUCAAGCUCAUCCCAGCGAUGGCACAGCUGUCGGACCUUACUGCGCCAACUACUCUGCUGAUCUUUGACAUGAACUUCGACCUCUGCUCCGUCCCAAUGGUGGCCAUUGACCCUGCGGAUUUUGAGUUCGCCUUUAUCUCAAAGGCCGGAACAGGGGCUACGCUGUCCGUCUUGGAGUUUGUGAAUCUAACGGACGCGGGGAGCGGAAGUUCUGGAACGGGCAAUGAUACGCAGCCUCGACCUUGGACAGGAGGGCAAACUGUCGACGAGCCCGAGACAGACGAUCAGUCUGUGUUCGUUGUUUUCCUGAUCCUUGCCGUUGUCCUGGUCCUCGCUUCGACACUUGCAGUGAGCGCAUGGGCCAAAGCCCGGCGAGCCCGACUCAAGGUCGUGGCGGAUUCAGAGGAAGAGCACAAAGUAGCACAAAGUCCGGAUGUAGACAGGGUUCUAGCAAGUGUGGCGUGGGCUUUUGCACCUGCGGACGUGGAAGACGACAAGGUUUUCCGAGAAAGCUGCCUCGAUCUCUCCGAAGGAGACAUCGUAGAAGUUAUUGCAGGCGGCGGUGGAUGGUUCUAUGGGCGUGUCAUUUCAGGCAGUGGAGACAUCACUCGCAUGGGCUACUUCCCUGAAAACCGAGUGUCAUGGAUCGGCAAGAUUCCUCGUGCGGAGGUCGCUUGCGCAGACCAGCAUGCUUUGGUCUUCGUGGAUCACGGGUUCACCCCGGAAGAUGUCGCUGAGUGCGAGAACUUGCGGGAGAACUGCCUGCACCUCGAAGCAGGUGAAAUGGUUGAGGUCUUGGCCGGUGGCUCCGGCUGGCUCUACGGCCAGGUGGCAGGGCACCCAGAGCGAGCAGGCUACUUUCCAGAGAACCGAGCAACUUGGCUCGGAACUUGCGAAGAGAAUGGUGAAGCAGCGAAGACUGACCGCGGUGUGCUCGUGAAGGUUGUGGAGAACUACUCGCCGGGAAGUCCUGGCGACAAGGAGGAAGAGGUGGCAUUCGCUGAAAGUUGCCUUGCGCUAGCAGAGGGCGAUGUGGUGGAGGUUGCAGCAAGUGGCGGCGGCUGGGUGUACGGUCGCGUUGUCGGAUCUCCAGAACGCCACGGAUAUUUCCCGGAGACGCGUGUGUCAUGGCUUGGAAAGCCUGUGGAGCGAGAUCCCGAGAGGAAUGAGGAGAGCCAACACUCUCGUGUCCUCAGCUCCGCAGAGGAAACUGCUUUGCGCGAAGCCGCUGCCGCUGUCACACAGGACGCCAUCAGCACCUCGAGAGCGGUCACAGGCGCUGAUGAAGCUGCAGCAUGA